UAACUAGUAAAGCUGAUUAUCCAUGGUUUCUGUAUUUCAAGCUUAUUUAAGUUGAUUUCUUUUGUGAAAACCAACCCAAGCGCCCACAGAGUCAAAAGAAAACAUCCAAGAAUGAAAACAACAACUAUACUAAUGUUGUUUGUUACCUUUAUCUUAUACCACGAGAUUGCGGCAACACCUGGAAAGAAAAAUGAUUCCGUAAACGUAACUGUACUUUACGAGAGUUACUGUCCUGGCUGCGCCAAUUUAUUUGUACAUCAGAUAUACAAGGUGUGGCAGGAAUUGAAAAACCACAUGGAGCUGGACCUAGUCCCUUAUGGAAAUACAAACCAAGUUAAACGAGGAGGAAGGAUAGUGUUUGACUGUCAGCACGGACCAGCCGAGUGUCAUGCUGAUCUACUCCACGCGUGCGCCAUCCACCAGGCUUGCGGUGCACGAGGCACUCGAGGGUGUCCAAAGGACAAGCUUCAGAAGGCCGUGGACUACAUCAAAUGUGUCAUGGAACAUCCAGACCAAGCAGCUGCUAGUGACCUGUGUGCAUCUCAAUCCAGACUUCAGUCAGUUUCCAUUAACCAAUGUGCCAAAGGGUCUCUAGGAUAUCAGCUGAAACUCAACUACGCUCGCCGUACCAUGCCUUGGCGUGCCAGACCAGACUUUCCCGGCACGCCUUGUGUCAUCAUCAACGACAAGUUCAACAUGAAAGACGAAUAUGCCGCAUUGAAAAAUCUCAGAUCCGUUGUUUGCAAGUACAUUCCAGACAAAUGUUAAUCUUACUGGACUCCUGCUAGAGAGGCUUUCAUAUGAUUUCACCGUGGCAUGAUUUCCAUAGUUACAAUUUAUGACUUUAUCAAUAUAUUAUCACAAUAUAAAUGUCAUGUAUUCAUGGUCAUAAUAAAAUAUGUAUGGAUUGUU